UAUCGUAUCCGACAAAACUCCGGGACAGGAAAGUAGACUUGGGAAGGAAGAGAGCAGCUCUUCCGGUUUAAGCAAUCAUUGGGCGGAGGGGAUUAACUACACACAAUCAAUACCCCCUCUCCUGCCCCAUCGUUUCCGAAUUUUCGUUCUGCUACCAUUCCCAGAGUUUCAGCUAUGGAAGGAAAUUUGGAAGACAAUACAGCCUUUCAUGCUCGUAUUCAGCAGUUGGAGCGUGAGCGGGAUGACUUGCAUAAAGACAUUGAACAGCUAUGCAUGCAACAAGCCGGACCUGCCUAUCUAGGUGUGGCUACUCGUAUGCACCUUCACAGGACAGCUGCGUUGGAGCAAGAGAUUGAAAACUUAAAAAAGAAGUUAGCUGCUUGCACUAGAGAAAAUCAAAAUCUUCAAGAGGAGCUUUCAGAAGCCUAUCAUGUCAAGAGUCAGCUAGCAGAUUUACAUAGUGCAGAAGUCUCCAAGAACAUUGAAGCAGAAAAACAGCUUAAGUUCUUUCAGGGUUGUGUUGCUUCUGCAUUUGCUGAGCGGGACAAUGCUGUAAUGGAGGCUGAGAAAGCAAAGGAACAGGAGGAGUUUAAUUCAAGAGAAUUCUAUCCACUUCAGGAAAGAUUUGAAAAGAUUAGCUGUGAAUUGCUUGAGGAAAAAGCACUCACUGCCACUCUACAGAGUGACCUAGAAAAGCAAUCAAAGCAGCUGGAGGUUUUCAGAGAGGUUGUUAAUAAAUUUUAUGACAUUAGACAACAUGCUUUGGAUGAUAUUAAGGAUACGUGCUUGGAAGACAAAUGUGAGUGUCUCCUGCAUGACUCAUUGGAAAUGUGGAGUUUCAAUGUUGAUGGGGAGACAUCCACCUCUACAUACAUUAGUUCUCUGGAAGAAGAAGUGGAGACAUUAAGAAGCUCUUUGGAUAAUCUUCGAAACAAGCUGCUAGUGGGUUUGGAAAUAGAAAAUCAUCUAAAGAAGAAAGUACGUGAUUUGGAAAAGCAGAAAAUUCUUUCGGAACAAAAGAUCAUCGCUGAAAUAUCCAUGUUACGGGAUUUUCAUUCUCAGCAUAGAACCAACAUAACAAAGUUGCUUGAUGAGGGAUUUUCUGAGUUCAAAUCAGAUCUUCGUAUGGUAGAAGAAAAAUUCAGGCAGCUUGAUAUGAGCAGCAGAGGAAAUGAUCUUAUAUCUCCUCAGGUAGAUGAUGUGAAGGAAAGUGAAUGUCGAGAUGUUCACAUAAAUACUGAGUCUAGUGCAGAACCGAGCACAACGAGGAAUGACCCUAAUCUGUCAACUACCACUGCUAUGGGAACUAGUGACACCUCUGAAGCAUUUACUAUGGCAUUACAAGAGAAGAUUGAAGCUUUAUUGCUUCUAUCACAAGAAGAAGAACGUCACUUAUUGGAGAGGAAUAUGAAUGCAGCACUGCACAAAAAAAUAGAGGAACUCCAGAGAAACCUAUUGCAGGUUACCAAUGAGAAGGUGAAGGCUCUCAUGGAACUCGCACAACUGAGGCAGGAGUACCAAUUGUUGCUACAGAAAGAUGAUCAGGAUAUGAAACAAGGAAAACCUCAUUCCGAGAUUGGAGGGAAGAAAACUGUUCAAGAUGGGGAAGGAAGAUUUAAAAAUCUGCUGAAGAAAACUUAUUUGAAACGCUGGGUUGGUGAUUCAGAAGGAAACGAUGCUGAAUCUUACCCGAGUUCUGAAGUCAACAGCAUAGGGUUUGCAAGGAUGAAAAUCGAGAAUGCAACCCUGAGAGAGAGCUUGGAAUGCAUGGAGCAUCUAACAUCUUCAAUCCGAAGGCUGCGCCACUCGCUGUUGAAGGUUAAAGAGUGCAUUGAUACAAAGACUAAUAACUCACCGGAAUCUCUGGAGAACAUUAUUUACGAGGCAAAACUAUUAAAAACUGCACUCGGAACCUCCCUUCCAGUGAGUUGGUCAGCCGAGUCAGACAGUGGAUACAAUAAGGAGAUGUUGGAUGAUGAUUGUACCCACACUAGUAAAGAAAAAAUAGACUUCGUUUCUGCUGCUGGGUUUGAGAUGGUGGAGCUGUUGGUGUUUGCUGCUCAGCUGCUGAAAGAAAAGACUUGCCGAGGCGAGGCGAAGAAGCCAUUGUAAGUUGAAACAUAUAUAGUCACUAGUUAAUGGCUGUAUAGUAUAGGGUUUGUGUCCCCUGGAGUAAGCUCUGAUAGCAAGAAGACUAUAAUGAGAUUUGCCCAUUGUAUAUAUAGUGGUGUUUGAAAUUUCAUCAAUGCUCUUGUUCCAUUUCAGUCUU